CGGUAGGUCAGAUAGAUGGUUGGUCCACAGCGCUGGCCGCAUCAUGAACGCGCAGCUGUCCAUGGAGAGCAUAGGCGACCUGCACGGAGUGAGCCAUGACCAUGAGUCCGUGAGCGCUCACGGAGAGCUGCUGAGCGGCCACAGUCCGCACUCCCGUCCGAGCCCGCGGGCUCUGAGCCACCGCGCCAUGGGCAUGGCCACCCUGCUGGACGGCGGAGACUAUCACCACCCGGGACACCUGCACCCGGCCAUCAGCAUGUGCGAAGCCCCCCCUGGCAUGAGUGCGAGCACCACAUACACCACCCUAACGCCCCUGCAGCCAUUGCCCCCCAUCUCCACCGUUUCGGACAAGUUUCCCCCCCAUCAUCACCACCACCAUCACCACCCGCACCAUCCUCACCCGCAUCCGCACCAGAGGAUCCCGGGAAACGUCAGCGGCAGCUUCACGCUGAUGCGGGAGGACCGCAGCCUGGCGCCUAUGAACAGUCUGUAUCCCGCAUACCACCACAAGGACCCCUGCAUGGGCCAGAGCCUCUCCCCGUUAUCUGGCUCCGGGCUGGCCAGCAUCCACACGUCCCAGGCCGGCAUCCCCCCGUACGCGCAUCCCGGCGCCGCCAUGCCCGGGGAGAAGAUGCUCACCCCCAGCGGUUUCGAGGCGCACCACCCGGCCAUGCUCGGCAGGCACACGGAGCAGCACAUGAGCUCCUCGGCGGGCAUGGUGCCAAUCAACGGCCUCCACCACCACCCGCACGCCCACCUCGGCGCGCAGGGCCACGGCCAGGGGCUGGGGAACAGCCGGGAGCAGGCCUCCGGGCCGGGGCAGCAAGGGGCUGGCGGUGGGGGCGGAGGAGGGGGUGUUUCCGGGGGACAGAUGGAGGAGGUGAAUACCAAAGAGGUGGCGCAGAGGAUCACCACGGAGCUGAAGCGCUACAGCAUCCCUCAGGCCAUCUUCGCCCAGCGGGUCCUGUGCAGGUCCCAGGGGACCCUGUCGGACUUGCUGAGGAACCCCAAGCCCUGGUCAAAGCUCAAGUCCGGCAGGGAGACGUUUCGCCGCAUGUGGAAGUGGCUGCAGGAGCCUGAGUUCCAACGCAUGAGCGCGCUCAGGCUCGCAGCAUGUAAGCGUAAGGAACAGGACCAUGGCAGGAGCGAGCGGGGCAGUGUGACCAAGAAGCCCCGGCUGGUGUUCACGGACGUGCAGCGGCGGACGCUCCACGCCAUCUUCAAGGAGAACAAGCGUCCGUCCAAGGAGCUGCAGCUCACCAUCGCCCAGCAGCUGGGCCUGGAGCUGACCACAGUCAGCAACUUCUUUAUGAACGCGCGCCGCCGGAGCCUGGACAAGUGGGUGGACGACGGCUCCGGUCACUCAGCCAACUCCGGGCCCAGCGCCUGCACCAAAGCCUGA